AUGGCAAACGACGAAGCAAAACUCAACAUAAAAUUAACUCAACUAAAGUUAUCUGCUCAAAGAACAGCUAAAAUAUUAGAUUCGGGAAAGCGAGAAACUAUCGAACGACAACUGAACGCACUCAAAACAACUAUAAACGAAGCUGACAAUUUUAAAAGACCUGUAGAAGCAGCGAAAAUCGAAAGAGAAGACGACCUUGAAGAAAUCAGCGAUUGGAAUGCGGAAAUCGAAACAAAAAUAAGCGAAGCCGAAGACGAAAUAAACAAGCUACAACACUGGCUGAACAAUAAGAAAUUAGAAGAGGAAAAUCACGCUCGCGAGGAGCAACUCAAAUUUGAAGUAAAGCUUCAAGAAACAAAGGCUCAAGUAAGUGCAAAAAUUCAAAAUUCAAAGUCUGGGGACUCAAAAAUAAGUGAUGAAGGUAUGUCGGUGAGAUUACCAAAGAUAAAUAUUACGAAAUUUGAGGGGGAAUACAUGGAUUGGCCCAGAUUUUGGGGGCAAUUUACGGAGACGGUGGACAAGUCAAAUAUAGCUGCCAUCAACAAAUUCACAUAUCUGUGUGGUUUCCUUGGGCCCAAAGUUAAGCGACGAGUAGAAUCAUUACCGCUUGCCACCGAAGGAUACAAUAGAGCGAAGUCAAAUUUAAAAGAUCAGUAUGGGAAGAAUUCGGAAAUUAUAAAAGCUUACAUAAAAGAGAUCAUGGACUUGCCUCAUAUCUACGGAGCAAACCCGAGAAAGAUUGCCGAAUUUAGUGCGAAGUUAAAUCACAGUGUCCAAGCUUUGGAAACGCUGGGUAAACUGAAAGAUGUCCAAGGAAAUGUUUCCAUGACUCUUGGCAAACUCCCAGCCAUACGUGGGGACCUUGUUAAAAAUGAUCCAGAAUGGGAAAGUUGUGACUUUUCCAAGCUUACUGAAGCAGUCAGACAGUGGACCAGGCGAAAUCCAGUCUGCGAGAAAGAGUCAGACACACCUGGAUGGAGAUCUAGAAGUAAUCAGUACUGUCAAGGAGAGAAGAGCAAUUUUAGUCAAAAGAAACUUUGUUUCAACUGCACAGCAGGACAGCAUCAUGCUAACGCUUGCCCCAGCAAGUCAUCAUGUAGAAAUUGCCACAAACGACACCAUACGAGCAUAUGUGAUGUCACCAAUCGAGAAGAAACACCAAAAACAGGUCAGACUGUGUUGACUACAGAUGGAUGUACUGGUGAAGGAAUUUUCCCCAUUCUUGUUGUCAAGAUAAAUGGAAUUACAUGUCGUGCAUUGAUCGACUCAGGGGCUGGAAGCUCAUACAUAUCUGGUAAACUUGCAUCUAUGCUGAGGGUGAAACCAAUUGAGACACAAACCACUAAAGUUGACAUGCUUCUAACAUCAAAAACAACAAGACUGGAAAUCUAUGAAGGGGAAGUUGAAGCAAUAGACAGUGAUUAUUCAAUGAAGGUGAAGUUGAUCAAGGUGGAGAAAGAAGUGCUACUCACAGUGGACAAUCCACACUAUGAAAACUUACAAAGAGAGUUUGAACACCUGAAGAUUGCAAAAUUUGUUGAUAAUGAUCAGAAAGCUCAAUUACCUGUCCAUAUCGUUUUGGGAAGCGGGGAAUAUGCACGGAUAAAAACUCGCACGAAUCCACUAGUGGGAACUGAAGGGCAACCAAUUGCAGAAAAAACAAAACUUGGAUGGUUUGCCAUGAGCCCUGGUGUGGAACCAAACAGUAAAAGGAUGUUGCUUACCCAAGUUUCGCAGAAGGAUUAUGAAGAUCUCUGCAGGUUGGAUGUGCUGGGUCUAGCAGACACUGCUGAACACGACCAAUCAAUGGUGUAUAACGAAUUCAAAGAGCAAUUAACGCGAUCACCGGAGGGCUGGUACGAGACCGGCGUGGAAAUCAUCCACCUCUCCCAUCAAACAAAACAGGAAGCAUCAGAAGUAAUCCAAGACCAAAAGCACAAUGGCAUAGUUGAACCAGCAAAUAACGUAGCGAAAGGUAAUGAAUUCUACAUACCUCACAAAGAAGUCGUACGCGAGUCAGCGCAGUCCACUAAACUGAGAGUGGUGUACGAUGCAUCAGCAAAAGCUUCACCAGAAAGUCCUUCUUUAAACGAAUGCCUGUACGCGGGACCUUCGCUAAAUAACAAGCUGUGGGAAGUGCUGGUAAGAGCGCGAAGUUUUCCUGUUGCAAUCACUGGGGAUAUUCAAAAGGCAUUUCUCCAAAUUCGAGUACGCGAAAGUGAAUGGGAUUCUUUACGAUUUCACUGGCGACCAAAUCCACAAGCUGAUGUAGAAGUACUACGGUUCACGAGAGUAUUGUUUGGAUUGGUUUCUUCUCCAUUCCUACUUGGGGGAGUUCUCGAAACACAUUUGGAUCACUGGAAAAGCAAAGCUCCAGACGCAGUUGAGGCUCUGAGAAGGUGUCUGUACGUUGAUGACAUCAUUUCAGGAGGAUGCACUGUGGAUGAAGAACGAAAAAGGAAAUUGGAAGCUAUUGACAUUCUGGGUGAUGCAACCUUUACCCUUCAUAAGUGGGCAUCAAAUGCAAAGGAGUUGGAUGAAGGUAGUGUUAACAAAAAUCAUGAAGAGCAAACAGCGUCCAAACAACAAUUUGGGGUGCAGCCAACUGAGACGAAGAUCCUGGGUACAACUUGGAAUAAAGAGAAAGAUACGUUAAGUGUACAAAUAGGACAUUGUGGGAAAUCGCCAACGAAGCGCAACAUUUUAAGUCGACUGGCGAAGAUUUAUGAUCCAAUGGGAAUUGCAUCCCCUCUGCUUUUGCAAGGCAAACAAAUCUAUCGAGAGGUGUGUGACCUGAAAUUACCUUGGGACGCGGAAUUAAUUGGUAAAUUGAAGCAGAGCUGGGAGAAGUGGGAAAAAACCUUACCAAACGAAGUGACCGUGCCAAGAGCGGUCCUUUCGUUCCAAGAACCCGUCUGUAGCUUAGAGAUUCAUGGAUUUGGGGAUGCCAGUGGUGAAGGUUUGUGCGCAGUCGUCUACACAGUCGCUAAACAACCAUCUGGAGUUACUCAGGAAUUACUGGCAGCGAAAUCAAGACUUGCCAAGAGAGGACUGACUAUCCCGAGGUUAGAGCUUGUUGCAAGUCAUAUGGCCGCAAAUUUGGUCUCGAAUGCUAGCAAUGCGCUGAGACACAUUCCACACAGAAAACACUGCUGGUCAGAUAGUACUGUAGCUUUAUGGUGGAUUAAAGGAGAGGGUGAUUAUAAACAAUUCGUGUCGCAUCGAGUGGCAAAAAUCCGAGCUUCUAAUGAGAUCGUGUGGCAUCAUGUGCCAACAACCGACAAUCCGGCCGACCUCGGAAGCAGAGGUGGCAAACUGACCGAGAUGUGGAUGAAAGGUCCUGCCUGGCUAUCAGAGCGUAGUCUUUGGCCACCAGAUCUUAUAGUCAAACCGUCGACUGACUCCCAAAGUGAAGCAAAGGCGACGAGAGUAGUUUUGAGCACGGCUAUCCAGCGGUCAGACUUGGCAAUAUUCAGUGAUAUUCUUUGGAAAACAUCCAUUGCGGAAGGCGAUUCGUAUUGGGGCGUGGGUGAAACGAUUUAUUGA